AUGACUGGAUAUACUUCAUUAAUGAGUGAGGAAAAAGGAGGGGAAAAACCCACCACUGUAUCUGGCUUCUUUGAAUGUUUCCCGCUAAAUAAAGUAAAGAUCGAAUGUAAGAGAGUCUAUCUCCUAAGGUUCCCAGGAUCUCUUCAUAUCAAUGUUGCCCGAGAGAUACAUCUUUAUCUGGUAUUGGCUUGCACGGUCCAUGGUGUCACCCACUGCCACGUCCUUACUGUUGCAAGACUCCUUCAGGAGUCUUCCUAUUGCAUUGACUGUCUCCGCUAUGCCUGUCUGGCACAAAUUCUUCGUCAUUCUAGAGAAAAUGCAACAAAAGUUAUAUUUCUCAUUACUGAUGGAUAUUCCAAUGGGGGAGAUCCUAGACCAAUCGCAACAUUACUGCGAGACUUUGGAGUGGAGAUCUUCACUUUUGGCAUAUGGCAAGGAAAUAUUCGAGAACUGAAUGACAUGGCUUCCACCCCAAAGGAGGAGCACUGUUACCUGCUCCACAGUUUUGAGGAAUUUGAGGCGUUAGCUCGUCGGGCAUUGCAUGAAGAUCUACCUUCUGGGAGUUUUAUUCAAGAGGAUAUGUCCCACUGCUCAUAUCUUUGUGAAGCUGGAAAAGACUGUUGUGACCGAAUGGCAAGCUGCAAAUGUGGGACACACACAGGUCAAUUUGAAUGCAUCUGUGAAAAGGGGUAUUACGGGAAAGGCCUACAAUAUGAAUGCACAGCUUGCCCAUCAGGGACAUACAAACCUGAAGGCUCACCAGGAGGAAUCAGCACUUGCAUUCCAUGUCCUGAUGAAAAUCACACCUCUCCACCUGGAAGUACGUCCCCUGAAGACUGUGUCUGCAAAGAGGGAUACCGGGUAUCCGGUCAGACCUGUGAAGUUGUCCACUGCCCUGCCCUGAAGCCUCCUGAAAAUGGUUACUUUAUCCAAAACACUUGCCACAACCACUUCAAUGCAGCCUGUGGGGUCCGAUGUCACCCUGGAUUUGACCUCGUGGGAAGCAGCAUCUUCUUGUGUCUACCCAGUGGUUUGUGGUCUGGUUCAGAGAGCUCCUGCAGAGUGAGAACAUGCCCCCAUCUCCGCCAGCCCAAGCACGGACGAAUCCGCUGUUCUACGGGGGAAAUGUCCUACAAGACAACGUGUUUGGCUACCUGUGAAGAAGGGUACAGACUAGAAGGAAGCGCUAAGCUUACCUGUCAAGGAAACAGCCAGUGGGAUGGUCCAGAACCCCGGUGUGUGGAGCGCCAUUGCUCCACCUUUCAGAAGCCCAAGGGUGUCAUCCUAUCCCCCCCAAACUGUGGCAAGCAGCCAGCCAAACCUGGGACAAUUUGUCAGCUAAGUUGCCACCAAGGAUUCAUUUUAUCUGGAGUCAGAGAAGAAGUGAGAUGUACCACUUCUGGAAAAUGGAGUGCCAAAGUUCAGACAGCCAUGUGUAAAGAUGUAGAGCCUCCUCAAAUCACCUGUCCCAAAGACAUAGAGGCGAAGACUCAGGAACAGCAAGACUCUGCUAAUAUUACCUGGCAAAUCCCAACAGCUAAAGACAACUCUGGUGAAAAGGUGUCAAUCCACGUUCGUCCAGCUUUUACGCCACCUUACCUUUUUCCAAUUGGGGAUGUUGCUAUCACAUACACAGCAACUGACCUAUCCAGCAACCAAGCCAGCUGCACUUUCCAUAUCAAGGUUAUUGAUGUAGAACCACCUGUCAUAGACUGGUGCAGAUCUCCACCUCCAAUCCAGGUCUCAGAGAAGGAGCAUACUGCAAGCUGGGAUGAGCCUCAGUUCUCAGACAACUCUGGGGCCGUGCUGGUCAUCACCAGAAGUCAUACACAAGGAGACGUCUUCCCUCAGGGGGAGACCAUCGUGCGGUACACAGCCACUGACCCCUCAGGCAAUAACAGAACGUGUGACAUCCACAUUGUCAUCAAAGGUUCUCCUUGUGAAGUUCCAUUCACACCUGUAAAUGGGGAUUUUAUAUGUGUUCAAGAUAGUACUGGGGUUAACUGCACAUUAAGUUGCUUGGAGGGCUAUGAUUUCACAGAAGGGUCUACUGAGAAGUACUAUUGUGCUUAUGAAGAUGGUAUCUGGAAGCCACCAUAUUCCACUGAAUGGCCAGACUGUGCUGUAAAACGUUUUGCAAAUCAUGGAUUCAAAUCCUUCGAGAUGCUAUACAAAGCCACUCGUUGCGAUGACACAGAUUUGUUGAAGAAGUUUUCCGAAGCAUUUGAGACUACCCUGGGGAAAAUGGUCCCAUCAUUUUGUAAUGAUGCUGAUGACAUUGACUGCAGACUGGAGGACUUGACCAAGAAAUAUUGCCUAGAAUACAAUUAUGACUAUGAAAAUGGCUUUGCAAUUGGACCAGGUGGUUGGGGUGCAGCUAAUCGGCUGGAUUACUCUUACGAUGACUUUUUGGACUCUGUACAAGAAACACCCAAAAGCAUCGGCAAAACCAGAUCUUCAAAGACUAAAAGAAGUGCCCCAUUAUCUGACCACAAAAUUAAGUUAAUUUUUAACAUCACAGCUAGUGUGCCAUUACCUGAUGAAAGAAAUGAUACCCUUGAAUUUGAAAAUCAGCAACGUCUCAUUAAGACAUUGGAAACUAUCACAAAUCAACUGAAAAGGACCCUCAAUGAAGAGCCCAUGUAUUCCUUUCAGCUCGCAUCUGAAGUGCUUGUAGCAGACAGCAAUUCAUUAGAAACAGAAAAGGCUUUUCUUUUCUGCAGACCAGGCUCAGUGCUAAGAGGGCGGAUGUGUGUCAAUUGCCCUUUGGGAACCUAUUAUUCUCUGGAGCAUUCUGUCUGUGAAAGCUGCCAGAUGGGAUCCUAUCAAGAUGAAGAAGGGCAACUGGAGUGCAAACUUUGUCCCCCUGGGACUUACACUGAAUAUCUCCAUUCGAGAAGCAUCUCUGAAUGUAAAGCUCAGUGUAAACAAGGCACCUACUCAGUCAAUGGGCUUGAGACUUGUGAAUCAUGUCCACUGGGCACUUAUCAGCCAGAAUUUGGUUCCCGAAGCUGCUUCUUCUGUCCAGAAAACACUACAACUGUGAAAAGAGGAGCUGUGGACAUUUCUGCUUGUGGAGCGCCUUGUCCAGAAGGAGAGUUCUCUCGUUCUGGGUUAAUGCCCUGUUAUCCAUGCCCUCAAGACUAUUACCAACCUACUUCAGGGAAGUCCUUCUGCCUGGCUUGUCCCUUUUAUGGAACAACAACUAUCACUGGUGCCAGAUCCAUCACAGAUUGCUCAAGUUUUAGUUCAACUUUCUCAGCAGCAGAGGAAAGUUUAGUGCCUCGUGCUGCUCCUGGACAUAUUAAAAAGGAGUAUGAAGUCAGCAGUCAGGUUUUCCAUGAAUGCUUCUUAAACCCUUGCCACAAUAGUGGAACCUGCCAACAGCUUGGGCGUGGUUAUGUUUGUCUCUGUCCACCUGGAUAUACAGGCUUAAAGUGUGAAGCAGACAUUGAUGACUGCAGCUCGCUGCCAUGCCUCAAUAACGGAAUUUGUAAAGAUGGAGUUGGGGCAUUUAUUUGUGAGUGCCCUUUGGGUUACACAGGUCAACUAUGUGAAGAAAAUAUAAAUGAAUGUAGUUCCAGUCCUUGUUUAAAUAAAGGAAACUGCAUUGACGGCUUGGCUGGCUAUCGCUGUACAUGUGUGAAAGGAUAUAUGGGCCUGCACUGUGAAACAGAAGUCAAUGAAUGCCAGUCAAGUCCAUGCUUAAAUAAUGCAGUCUGUGAAGACCAGGUUGGGGGGUUCUUGUGCAAAUGCCCACCUGGAUUUUUGGGUACCCGGUGUGAAGAAAACACGGAUGAGUGUCUCAGUCAGCCAUGCAAAAACGGAGCUACUUGUAAAGAUGGUGUCAAUAGCUUCAGAUGCCAGUGUGCAGCGGGCUUCACAGGGCCACACUGUGAAUUGAACAUCAACGAAUGUCAGUCUAACCCAUGCAGAAAUCAGGCCACCUGUGUGGAUGAAUUAAACUCAUACAGUUGUAAAUGUCGGCCUGGAUUUUCAGGCAGCAGGUGUGAAACAGAACAGUCUAUGGGUUUUAACCUGGAUUUUGAAGUUUCUGCCAUCUAUAGCUACAUCAUGCUAGAUGGCGUGCUUCCACCUCUCCAUGCUGUAACCUGCACAUUCUGGAUGAAAUCCUCUGACACCACCAAUUAUGGAACACCAAUCUCCUAUGCACUUGAAAAUGGCAGUGACAAUACCUUCCUCCUGACUGAUUAUAAUGGCUGGGUUCUUUAUGUGAAUGGCAAGGAAAAGAUAACAGACUGUCCCUCAGUGAAUGAUGGCAGCUGGCAUCAUAUUGCAAUCACUUGGAGAAGUGCUGAUGGAGCCUGGAAAGUCUACAUAGAUGGGAAAUUAUCUGAUGGUGGUGCUGGCCUCUCUGUUGGUUCAUCCAUACCUGGUGGUGGUGCAUUAGUUCUUGGGCAAGAACAAGACAAAAAAGGAGAGGGAUUCAACCCCGCUGAGUCUUUUGUGGGCUCCCUGAGCCAGCUCAACCUCUGGGACUAUGUCCUGUCUCCACAGCAGGUGAAAUCACUAGCUACGUCCUGCCCAGAGGAACUCAGAAGAGGGAAUGUGUUAGCCUGGCCUGAUUUCUUGUCGGGAAUUGUGGGGAAAGUGAAAAUCGACUCCAACAGCAUAUUCUGUUCUGAUUGCCCACCUUUAGAAGGAUCAGUACCUCAUCUGCGAACUGCAUCAGUAAAUUUAAAACCAGGCUCCAAAGCCCUUCUGUUCUGUGAUCCAGGCUUCCAGAUGGUCGGGAAUCCGGUGCAGUACUGUCUGAAUCAAGGACAUUGGACACAACCACUUCCUCAUUGUGAACGCAUUAGCUGUGGGGUGCCACCUGCUUUGGAGAAUGGCUUUUAUUCAGCUGAGGACUUCCAUGCUGGCAGUACAGUAACCUACCAAUGCAACAAUGGCUAUUAUUUGUUGGGUGAUUCAAGGAUGUUUUGUACAGAUAAUGGGAGCUGGAAUGGCAUUUCUCCAUCAUGCCUUGAUGUUGAUGAGUGUGCGGUUGGAUCAGAUUGUAGUGAGCAUGCUUCUUGCCUGAAUACAAAUGGAUCCUACAUGUGCGCGUGCAUCCCACCAUACACGGGAGGUGGUAAACACUGUGCAGGUGAGGAAGGGCACCAGCUGAUAGGAGUAACCAAAAUCACAUGUUUGGAGUCUGGAGAAUGGAAUCAUCUGAUACCGUACUGUGAAGCUGUUUCCUGUGGUGCACCAGCUAUUCCAGAAAAUGGUGGCAUUGAUGGGUCAGCAUUUACCUAUGGCAAUAAAGUGAUAUAUAGGUGUAAUAAAGGAUAUACUCUGGCUGGUGAGAGAGAAUCGUCCUGCCUUGCUAAUGGUUCUUGGAGUCAUUCUCCCCCUGUGUGUGAACUGGUGAAGUGCUCUAAUCCUGAAAACAUAAAUAAUGGAAAAUAUAUUUUGAGUGGGCUUACCUACCUCUCUACUGCAUUAUAUUCAUGUGAGAGCGGAUACAGCUUACAGGGUCCGUCCCUCAUUGAAUGCACGGCUUCCGGCAGCUGGGACACAGCGCCACCUACCUGUCACCUUGUCUUCUGUGGAGAGCCGCCUGUCGUCAAAGAUGCUGUCAUCGCUGGGAGUAACUUCACUUUUGGAAACACUGUCACUUACACUUGCAAAGAAGGCUUUACUCUUGCUGGUCCUGACACCAUUGAAUGCCUGGCCAAUGGCAACUGGAGUGGAAGUAACCAGCAGUGUCUGGCUGUCUCCUGCGAUGAGCCCCCCAGUGUGGACCAUGCCUCUCCAGAGACUGCCCAUCGGCUCUUUGGAGACAUUGCAUUCUACUACUGCUCAGAUGGUUAUAGCCUGGCAGACAACUCCCAACUCCUCUGCAAUGCCCAGGGCAAGUGGGUUCCCCCAGAGGGUCAGGACAUGCCCCGUUGUAUAGCUCAUUUCUGUGAAAAACCCCCAACUGUUUCCUAUAGCAUCUUGGAAUCUGUGAGCAAAGCAAAAUUUGCAGCUGGCUCGGUUGUGAGCUUCAAAUGCAUGGAAGGUUUCGUGCUGAACACCUCUGCAAAGAUUGAAUGUAUGAGAGGUGGGCAGUGGAACCCUUCCCCCAUGUCCAUCCAGUGCAUCCCUGUGCGGUGUGGAGAGCCACCAAGCAUCAUGAACGGCUAUGCGAGUGGAUCAAACUAUAGUUUUGGGGCCAUGGUGGCUUAUAGCUGCAACAAGGGGUUCUACAUCAAAGGUGAGAAGAAGAGCACCUGCGAAGCCACAGGACAAUGGAGUAGCCCCAUACCCACAUGCCAUCCUGUGUCUUGCAAUGAACCGCCUAAGGUUGAGAAUGGCUUUCUGGAGUAUACAACUGGCAGAAUCUUUGAAAGUGAAGUGAGAUAUGGGUGCAACCCAGGCUAUAAGCCCGUUGGAAGUCCUGUAUUUGUCUGCCAAGCUAAUCGCCACUGGCACAGUGAAUCCCCUCUGUCGUGCCUCCCUCUCAACUGUGGAAAACCUCCGCCAAUCCAGAAUGGCUUCUUUAAAGGAGAAAAUUUUGACGUAGGGUCCAAGGUUCAGUUUUUCUGUAAUGAGGGUUAUGAGCUUGUUGGUGAUGAUUCUUGGACAUGCCAGAAAUCUGGCAAAUGGAAUAAAAAGCCAAACCAAAAGUGUGUGCCCGCCAAGUGCCCAGAGCCACCCAUCUCGGAAAACCAGCUGGUAUUGAAGGAGUUGACUACUGAGGUCGGAGUGGUCAUGUUUUCCUGUAAAGAAGGGCACGCCCUACAAGGCCCCUCUGUCCUGAAAUGCUUGCCAUCCCAGCAAUGGAAUGAUUCUUUUCCCGUGUGUAAGAUGGUUCUUUGCCUCCCGCCUCCCCUAAUUUCCUUCGGUGUCCCUGCUCCUUCUGCUCUGCAUUUUGGAAGUACUGUCAAGUAUUCUUGUGUAGACGGGUUUUUCCUAAGAGGAGAUCCUACCAUUCUCUGCCAAGCUGAUGGCACCUGGAGCUCUCCACUGCCAGAAUGUGUUCCAGUAGAAUGUCCCCAACCUGAGGAAAUCCUCAAUGGCAUCAUUGAUGUGCAAGGUCUUGCCUAUCUCAGCACAGCUCUCUAUACCUGCAAGCCAGGCUUUGAGUUGGUGGGAAAUACUACCAUCCUAUGUGGAGAAGAUGGUCACUGGCUUGGAGGAAAACCAACAUGUAAGCCCAUUGAGUGCCCAAAGCCCAAGGAGAUUUUGAAUGCCAAAUUCUCUUACACAAACCUCCACUAUGGACAGACCGUUACAUACUCUUGUGAUGAAGGCUUCCGACUCGAAGGUCCUAAAAGCUUGACCUGUUUAGAGACAGGGGAUUGGGAUGUGGAUGCUCCAUCUUGCAAUGCCAUCCACUGUAAUCCCCCACAACCCAUUGAAAAUGGUUUUGUAGAAGGUGCAGAUUAUAGCUACGGUGCCAUGAUCAUUUACAGUUGCUUCCCUGGGUUCCAGGUGGCUGGUCAUGCCAUGCAGUCCUGUAGAGAGUCAGGAUGGUCAAGCUCCAGCCCAACAUGUGUCCCCAUAGACUGUGGUCUCCCUCCUCACAUAGAUUUUGGAGACUGUAUUAAAGUCAAAGAUGGCCAGGGAUAUUUUGACCAAGAAGAUGACAUAAUGGAAGCUCCGUAUCUGACUCCUCGCCCUCCUCAUCAUUUGGGAGCAGUGGCUAAAACCUGGGAAAAUGCAAAGGAGUCUCCUGCUACACAUUUAUCAAACUUUCUCUUUGGCACCAUGAUUUUAUAUAACUGUAAUCCAGGAUAUGAACUUUUGGGGAACCCUGUGUUGACUUGCCAGGAAGAUGGAACUUGGAAUGGCAGUGCACCUUCCUGCAUUUUGAUUGAAUGUGACUUGCCUGUUGCUCCUGAAAAUGGCUUUUUGCAUUUUACAAAGACUGCCAUGGGCAGUGCUGCGCAGUAUACCUGCAAACCUGGACACAAUCUAGUGGGUUCCCCCAUGAGACUUUGUCUACAGAACAGGAAGUGGAGUGGUGCUUCCCCACACUGUGAAGCCAUUUCAUGCAAAAAGCCAAAUUCAGUCAUGAAUGGAUCCAUUAAAGGAAGCAACUACACAUACCUGAGUGUGUUGUACUAUGAGUGUGACCCUGGGUAUAUGCUAAAUGGCACUGAAAGGAGAACAUGUCAAGAAAAUAAAAACUGGGAUGGGAAUGAGCCCACGUGCAUUCCUGUGGACUGUGGCUCACCCCCAGUCUCAGCCAAUGGCCAGGUGAAAGGAGAUGAGUACACAUUCCAAAAAGAGAUUGAGUACACUUGCAGCGUAGGGUUCUUGCUUGAGGGAGCCAGUAGUCGUGCUUGUCUUGCCAAUGGAAGUUGGAGCGGAGCCACUCCCAACUGUGUACCUGUCAGAUGUGCCACACCACCACAGGUGGCAAAUGGCAUGAUGGAUGGCCUGGACUAUGGCUUCAGGAAGGAAGUGGUGUUCCACUGUCAGGAGGGCUACAUACUGCAUGGUGCUUCAAAACUCACCUGUCAGUCAGAUGGCAACUGGGAUGCCGAGGUUCCUCUCUGCAAACCAGUCAACUGUGGGCCUCCUGAAGACCUUGACCAUGACUUCCCUAAUGGCUUUUCCUUUUAUCAUGGGGGACACAUACAGUAUCAGUGCUUUCCUGGUUAUAAGCUCCAUGGAAGUUCUUCAAGAAGGUGUCUCUCCAAUGGCUCCUGGAGUGGCAGCUCACCUUCCUGCCUUCCUUGCAGGUGUUCUAUACCAGUAAUUCAAUAUGGAUCUGUCAAUGGGACAGAUUUUCAUUGUGGAAAGGCAGCCCGGAUUCAGUGCUUCAAAGGCUUUAAGCUCCUGGGACUUUCUGAAAUCAUUUGUGAAGACAAUGGCCAGUGGAGCUCUGGCUUCCCAUACUGUGAACACCCUUCUUGUGGUUCUCCCCCAGUGAUACCAAAUGCACUCGUUAGUGACAGUAGCUCUUCAGAGGACAGUGUGAUAACUUACAGCUGCAGAUCAGGGUACAUGAUACAAGGCAGUUCAGAUCUGAUCUGUACAGAGAAAGGGACAUGGAGCCAGCCUUAUCCUGUCUGUGAGCCCCUGUCCUGUGGUCCCCCACCAUCUGUCACAAAUGCGGUGGCAACUGGAGAGGCACACACCUAUGAAAGUAAAGUGAAACUCAGAUGUCUGGAAGGUUAUGCAAUGGAUACAGAUAUAGAUACAUUCACCUGUCAGAAGGAUGGUCGUUGGUUCCCUGAAAGAAUCUCCUGCAGUCCUAAAAAAUGUCCUCUGCCAGCAAACAUAACACAUGUACUUGUUCAUGGGGACGAUUUCAGUGUGAAUAAGCAAGUUUCUGUGUCAUGUGCAGAAGGGUAUACCUAUAAGGGAGUUAACAUAUCAACCUGUCAGCUUGAUGGUACUUGGGAGCCUCCAUUUUCUGAUGAAUCUUGCAGUCCAGUUUCUUGUGGGAAACCAGAAAUUCCAGAACAUGGAUUUGUGGUUGGAAAUAAAUACAGCUUUGAAAGCACAAUUAUUUAUCAGUGUGAACCUGGCUAUGAAUUAGAGGGGAACAGGGAACGUGUCUGUCGGGAGAACAGACAGUGGACUGGAGGGAUAGCUACGUGCAAAAAGACCAGAUGUGAAGGUCCACUUGGAUUUCUGAAUGGGAAGGCUGAUGUCCAAAACACUACAGCUGGCCCCAGCGUGGUCUAUUCCUGCAACAGAGGCUACAGCCUUGAAGGGGCGCCUGAGGCACACUGCACUGAAAAUGGAACUUGGAGCCACCCAGUACCUCUCUGCAAACCAAAUCCAUGCCCUGUUCCUUUUGUGAUCCCUGAGAAUGCUCUGCUUUCUGAAAAGGAGUUUUAUGUGGAUCAGAAUGUGUCUAUCAAGUGUCGGGAAGGCUUCCUGCUCCAGGGCCAGGGCAUCAUUACCUGCAACCCUGAUGAGACGUGGACACAGACAAAUGCCAAAUGUGAAAAAAUCUCAUGUGGUCCACCAGCUCAUGUAGAAAAUGCAAUUGUGCGAGGCAUCCAUUAUCAAUAUGGGGACAUGAUCACCUACUCAUGUUACAGUGGAUACAUGCUGGAGGGUUCCCUAAGGAGUGUUUGCCUAGAAAAUGGAACCUGGACAUCACCUCCUAUUUGCAGAGCUGUCUGUCGAUUCCCAUGUCAGAAUGGAGGUAUCUGCCAACGCCCAAACGCUUGUUCCUGUCCAGAUGGCUGGAUGGGGCGCCUCUGUGAAGAACCAAUAUGCAUCCUUCCCUGUCUGAACGGUGGUCGCUGUGUGGCCCCUUAUCAGUGUGACUGCCCACCUGGCUGGACGGGAUCCCGCUGUCAUACAGCUGUUUGCCAGUCUCCCUGCUUAAAUGGUGGAAAAUGUGUGAGACCAAAUCGAUGCCAUUGUCUUUCGGCUUGGACGGGACAUGACUGUUCCAGGAAAAGGAGGACUGGGUUUUAACCACCACAGAGCCAAAUGGCUCUCCUAAAAGCAGGAUCAUCUCUUCUUGGUAGCACCUGGGCAUCCUGGAACUUAUGCAAAGAAGGUCCAACAUGGUGCUGGGUCUUGUUUUGUUUAGUAAACUUGUUAUUUUGGGUUUACUUUUGUUAUUUUGUGAUAUAUUUUAUUAUUCCUUGUGACAUGCUUUCUUACGUGUUUCCAUUUUUAAAUUUGCCUGUAUUUUCUAUAUAAGAAUUAUAUUAAAUAGAUGCUGCUCCACCCUCACAAAAUGUACAUACUCUGCUGUCUGUUGAGAAAGUUCCUGGUACACAUUUUUAUUCAGUUACAUAAAAAUGAUUUUUCAAUUAAAAUAUAUUUUGCUACUAAAUAAUAUUUUGCUGGAUAGUGCCAUUUUAUGAGGUGGCCAGGGAAUAAUAAGAGGAUUCAUGGUCUUUUAUCUUUGCUGUUGACCCAACACAGAGUUAUGUUCAAUGUACCAAGCAAUUACAAUAAAGGGGACCCAUUCGUUCCAGUUCCAUCUUCUUUACAAUAUGUAUAACAACGAAGGUUUCCUUUUAUUUAAUU